AUGGCAGCCUCACCAGAACCUCCUUCUGGUCCCAACCAAACCUCGUCCUCUCCCCACGCCGCCUCUCCUACCAUCGACACUGAAAAUCCAUUCAUAGCUUUUCGCCGUUUCGCUGAUGCACAGCUAUCUUCUCUCUUACAGUCUGUCGUUGAUCUGCCAUCUCUGUUUGCAGAGCCUAUUGCAGGCGAACAAUGGUCCAGUAUUGAUGAUUUCAGGGCCAAACGCAGAGAAGCGAGAAUUCAAACUCGUCAACAGUGGAUAGCAGAGACGGAACGAGAUUUACACGCGACGCUAAGUGGGGACAAUUCCAUCUCCAGACGGCGGGAAGAAGAGAUGCAGAAAUGGGGCGCGUCCCAGAAAUCAGCUAAAGUGGAUCAGCCUACAGAGGAACAAAAGCGAAACAGAAAAGACACAAGGAAGAGACAUGAGAGCAUGGGUUGGGAUGGAAAGCAACGAACGGAAUCAAAUACCUGGCCGAGUAAAGAAGGAAAGAAAGAUCGAGAAGAAAGAUUCACGGUGUCGACAUCUGAGGGCGAGGUUAAUCUAAAACGUGUUGUUGACAGUUGGGACGAAGGUCAAGGAUUCUGGAUGGCGAAAGACGAUCCAAGACUACGAUCCAACACAAUAACGGGUCAGGAUCCGUUUAGUGACCCAGAUCAAGCAGUCUCCUGGCUUCUCACGGACAGCUACUCGCCUCUUUACCUUGAUCGGUCAAUGCCAUAUAGGUUACACCCAUCCUUUUAUAAAAGUGAUGCAGGAGACUCCUACUUCCGUGGAGACUACCAGCCCGGAGAUCUUUAUCCGCGCUUCGCCUCGAACUCGGUAACGCGCCACGACCCGCGUCUCGCUGAAAAAGUUGACUGGCGUGCUGCAUUUCAUGAUUUGUUAGAUAUUCACCAUAAAGGCUCAUCUUCGUCACCAACUCACAUCAGCAACAGAGUUGGCAGCUUCUCUAGUGCGUUUAGCCCAGGCUCUUGGAUUUCGUAUUUGAUUGGUACCGGCUCUCUUGGCUCACAAUGGCAGAGGCUAUCAGUUCCAGAUUCAAACUUCCACCCAUAUCGCUUCUGUUAUGAUAAUUCGCCAGAAGCAUGGGCAGUGUUGCCCUUUCAAGGCCGUUUCUACGUACGGGACAAGAUGGGCAAUUCUCCUCUGGCACCAUUUGGAGAGUACGAACCGAAGAACGAUGCUUUAGCUGUUAUUUCUGAAGCGCCCAAUUGUACGACGGGUGAAGCGUUCCCGCGCGAUCAGUUGACGAAUGGUAGCAUCUUUGCCUCCAAAAACGUUGGGCAACGUGAGGCACCGUACUAUUUGGAUGCUCAGAAACAAAUGAGAAAGAUUGGGGAGACAAUGGAUGACAACGAAUGGCGUUCUUACCGGCCAGCUUUUACCAAAGCUGCGAUUUCGCUCAUCCGAAACCCUGACACAGAACAAUCAACGCUACGUGCCGUUGACAGAGUCCUUCGCAUGAUCGAAAAUUCAGAGCUUGAAGAUGAAGUUGAGUCCAUCCUUGCGAAGACAUUCUCAGGCAUAGAUUUUAGGUCACAGAAGAUUUUCAAAGAAUGGUUCAAUGAGGCAGACGAUCUUUUACGCAGUGAUUACUUUGAAGCAUGGAAAGCUGCCAAGGAAUCAGUGGAUUCUGAACACCCUGAUGUAUAUGGUGUCAAGACCGCCGAACCUAAGAAGACCUCAAAAUCGCCCUCGGUACAAUCAUCUAAUUCCAGCAGCCCCCCCGUUUCGAAGUCAUUAUGUGACUCAAAUUUCUCACCAUCUUUCUCUUCGUCCUCGUCAUCUUCGCACAACUACGAAUCCAUUAGCAACCAGUCUCCGACCUCGAUUGUUUCAACCCUUAGCACCAUAGAAACCCGUAGGCUGCCGGAUGGUCGUACCCAAAUCAGGAGAGUUCUGAAGAAGAGAUUCGCGGAUGGCAAGGAGGAAAGUAGCGAAAGUACGCAGAUUCAAUCCGGCCGACCAAGUUGUGGUGUUGGAAGAAAAUCCGUGCCCAAGAAGCCAGAGGCCGAAGUCACAGGAAAGUCUGAGCCUUCAGUGGUCCCAACACGGGAAAAGAACUGGUUAAGAGGAUGGUUUUGGACUCGAUAA